UUGAAAGAACUAAUUAAUUAUUCAGGUGGAUCCAUGUUUAACACAACUGGAACAAUGACUCCGCAUAUCAUCAACAUUGCAGUUGGAGAAGACAUCAAAAGAAAGGUACUUUCACUUCUGCAAGGACGUCGAGCCUUAGUUGUCUUGUCGGGCAUCGGUUCCAUUGCAGCUGUCAACAUCAAAAGCUCGAGCUCUACUGGGAGUGUAACAUAUGAGGGGCAUUUUGAUAUGGUGACUUUAUCUGGUUCUUACAUCAAUGAUGUUGAUGGGCCUCACGGCCCUAUUGGUUGUCUUAACAUCACUUUUGCCGGUUCUGAUGGCCAUCUCAUAGGCGGCCCAGUCGAGGGAAUUCUCAUUGCUGCUAGCCCUGUUCAGGUGAUUGCUGGGACUAUAAUGCCUUCCACACCAAAGCCGAAAAACAAAGCUGUGGAGGAUCGGGACAUGUCGGGCGAUCAAGACCCUACACUUGGCAGCUCGAUAACUCAAUCUAACAUCCAGGCUAGUCAGAGCCUCUCUCCAAUGGGGGUUUGGCAGAGCUUGAGAUAAUCGAACGGACGUGGAAAAAUAUGUUGACUUUUGACUGGUGAUUGAAAACGACACCACAUUCAAUGUUAUUUGUU